AUGAAUAAUUCUUCUACAGAAACUUUAGAAACGGUGUUAUCUGAUGAUAUUCUUGAGGAACCAGAUAACAAAAUUGAUGUGGAGGAACCAUCACGGGUCAAUGGAAAGAAAAAUGUAACCAGAAAACCAUCAGUUUGGGUCAAAACAUCAAAUUGGUCCAAAAAGCAUUCCUCAAGAAUCACAAAAUGGACAGUAUUUUCAAUAUUUUCAGCGUUUUUCGCUUGGGCAACUUCUUACUAUUUCUCAGAAACAGAGAAUGUUUCGGACAACUUUACUGACACGCUAUGCACUGGCUAUGGAAUGCUCGUGAUAUUAUUUGGGUUUUAUAUAUUCGGAUUCUGCUAUUCCAUCUUCAUCAAUCCUGUAGUAGUUCCUCUCAUCAAUAAAUCCAUUUAUAAACCAUUGGUCAAUAUUCUCACUGGCAUCAGGUAUGGUUCCACAAUUUUUUAUGUUGCCAUUCUGGCAGCCUUCUUGAUUUAUUUAGGAUUCGAUACGAAUGAAAAUCGGAACAGACUGAUACCGAUUUCAGGAUUGGUUUUGUUUAUUUUGAUCGGAUUCUUAUUUUCACACAACAAAUCUGCGAUCCAAUGGAGGGUAGUAAUUUGGGGGUUGAUUCUCCAAUUCCUAUUUGGCCUGUUGACCAUCCGCUGGGAAGUAGGAAGAAAUAUUUUGCAAUGUUGUGGCGAUAAAGUUGACAUCCUUUUGAAUUAUGCCUUCCAAGGAGCCGAAUUUGCUUAUGGAUCGACCAUAAUAAAAGAAAAUGUGUUUGCGUUCAAGGCUCUUUCUACUGUUUACUUCGUCGGUUUCCUGGUGAAUGUACUGUACUACUAUGGGAUAAUGCAAAAAGUGAUAGGGGCGAUUGGCAAUUUUUUGCAGUGGAUUAUGGGAACAUCGAUAUGCGAAAGUGUUAACAGUGCUGCCAAUAUAUUUUUGGGACUGAGCGAAGCCCCACUCUUACUGGCCCCAUACUUGAAGAGCCUAACUGAUUCAGAACUCCAUUCUAUUAUGACUUCCGGUUUCGCUACUGUAUCUGGAUCCGUCAUGGCUGCCUAUAUCAAUUAUGGUGCCAGGGCUCAGGAUCUCAUAACAUCCAGUAUUAUGUCCGCUCCUGCAGCUCUUUGCUUCAGCAAAAUGAUGUAUCCAGAAACAGAAACCAUAAAAGUUCACAAAGAGAACAUUCAAGCUGUGGACGUUGAAUAUGAGUCUGUAUUGGACGCAGCGAGUAAAGGCGCAUCAGCUGCUAUUGGAAUGGUCCAUGGUAUUGUAGCUAGUGUCAUAGCGUUUUUAGCUACAGUGUACCUCAUCAAUGGUCUUCUAGGCUGGUGUGGAUUAUUAGUAGGUUUCAGUGAUCCUACUUGGUCCCUGGAGCUCAUAACUGGGAAAAUUUUCAUUCCCGUCAGCUUCGUCAUGGGUGUACCAUGGGAGGAAUGCGAAAGCGUGGGCACUCUCAUCGGGAUCAAGACCAUGGUCAAUGAGUUCGUUGCCUUUGCGAAGAUGCACGAGAUGAUUGAAGCUGGACAGUUAUCGGCUAGGACGAGAGUGAUCGCUACCUACGCCAUCUGCGGCUUCUCGAAUCCAGGCUCCAUAGGCAUCACCAUCUCGUCGCUGGGAGCGUUGAUCCCGAGCAAGCGGGAAGUGGUGACCAGGCUGGUGUUCAGGGCGUGGUUUGGGGGCGCCAUGGUCUGCUUCAUGACGGCCUGCAUAGCGGGAGCGCUGAUGCCCGAUGACGCCUUAUAG